AUCCAAGUAGGCUUUUGAUCUGAGUUCCUUCAAUUCUUGUUGAGAUCUAUCUUUGUUUGGGCCUGAUGGGCAUCACCCCGAGCAUAUUGGCAAAACUUGGGGUACCUGGGGUUGAGUCAUUAGCUCAAGAUCAAGUCUAUGAUAAAUAUUUUAAGGACAAAGAUAUUACGGACUUUGAAAAAUUUCACCUUGCAUUUAUUGAUCUUUGCAAUGACAUCAAUACAGUCUUGCCUGGUAAGCAUUAUAAGGCACCUCCGCGCAAGGUUCUAGAGAACAUCUUCAAGACAUGGAAAGAUAGCGAAGAGAGCAAACGUAAGGAAGUUUUGAUGGACAACUUCAAGAAAGAAGUUGAGGAACACAAGCCAAAUGAGAGAGCUAUGAUAGUCACUGGGUUGGUGGCUCCUGCUGCUGCUACUUAUCUUAAGAGGACAGGGGAGAAUACCCCACAGCUGAAGAAGUUCCGGCUCCACCUCAUCCCUAACUUUGUCUUUGUACCAACGACUACGUUUCUAGCAUUAGUUGGAGUCAGAGUACUUCAGAUCAAGGCGACCACCCGGUCUUAGACCAUUCUUUCUACCUUCACCCUUAUGAUGCAAGUGUCACAUGAAAAUUCUCAGCAAGGCAACCCUUUUAUGUAUAUUUUUUCAAUCAAUAAUUGGAAAUAAGCUUGUAGACAAGCAUGGUUUCAAAUCAAGAAUGUACAAAGACAUGCACAAUAUGUAUAAAUGUGCAUUAGAAUUGUGUCGAGAAAUAUUUGAGUUGAUAUU